CGGAAGAGUUUCCGAAAUCAGUCGACAUUUGAAAGCUGAAGCGUUUACACGGCGAUAUUGUAAAGCAAAGUCUCAAUUGAAGUUAUCAUGUGGAAAGCGGUAUUUAUCAUUGCAACAAUUUUGUGCGCAGUUGUGCUGGCUUCUCAAAAUGUUGAUGAGCAGCACAAACACCACAGGCACCAACAUUCCUCGUCCUUGGCCGAGCACAAGGAACAUGCAGCCGGACAUAUUACCCCGCAGCUGCACAGUGAUGAAGAUAAAAAUCACUUUAGACACGUUGCAUUGAAACCGCACGAUUCCAAGGCGAAGCACAAAGGAAGACGCCACAAGGCACCAAAGGGCGCCAAAACCGACAAGGGCACAAAGCAUCAGCAGCGUUUAAGGAAGAGCAAGUCGCAUAAGAAGCAUGGUCAUGUGCAUGGACAUGGCGGUCACGGCCAUCACUAGAAUGUGAAGCUGCAUUUAUUUUAAACUGAUUGUAAACUCUAUUUAAUAUGUAUUAAAAGUGGUUUUUGCCAAAACACA